AGGCGAUAUCCCUGAGCUGAGAGCAUCACCCUGUCCCCGAAUCCUUCUUUCCUCUCUGUUUUUUCAUUCCCCUCCCUCUCUCCCCUCCCCCUCCAGUCCACGACGACUGGCUGUUGACCCUGUUCAGGCCUCGGUGAAGGCUUUUGGGUAAUCCCCUUCCCACCCCAUCCCUUAAUUUUAUUCUUUUGAAGAGUGCAUUUCAAGCUGCCAAGGUGGAGAGAGGGAUUACAGAAAGGAGAACACCUUAUUUCAGGUAUCUUACUUACCCUCUAUCCCUUAAUAGGAGAACCAUUUUGACUCAAGAUCUAACAUGAGAAUACAGAACUUACUCUAUAGCCAGGUUAUAAAGUUUAAAUCAAAAGUAGCUAUGUUUGGACAGACAUAAUUUAUAUGCCUUAAUUUAUGGAGUUAAUAGUAUUCUUUAGCAGUCCUUAGAUUGCAUUAUCCUUUUAAUUUUGAUUUGUUUUAUUAUAUGAGAAAUAAACCUCUUAAAUGAGAAUUUAUAAUUUUUUUUAGGUCCUGGUUAAGUCUUCACCUGUUGUGUAAAUAGAAUGCAGAGUAAUCUGUAAAAAUAUACAUUACUUUCAUUGAGUCUUAAUUUGGAGAAUAUAAACAUUUAUAUAAUUUAAGUCCAGAGAAACAGUACCUAACUUUUGAUAUACAAUUUAUUCUUCAUUGUUAACACAUAGCAUUUAGGAUACAGUAGAAUUAUGUAUCUCACAAAACUUGGAACUGUGUGUGUGUUUAAUUCACUUCUUCAGAAUUGUUGCUAGCCCUGAAGGGACUUCAGAUAUAUAAUAGUAUCAACAACUAAUACAUCUAAUGGCAGUAGGCAUCGAAAGCUAAAAGAGAUUUCACAAUACUGCAUACCAUGAGACAGGGCUGAUAAAUUAUGGCCCAUGCUGUCUGGUUUUGUACGUAAAGUUUUAUUGGAACACAGCUGUGCCCGUUCUUUCAUGUAUUGUCUGUGGCUGCUGUCAUGUUACAGCCACAGAGUUGAGUAGUUGCAACAGAGACUAUAUGGCCCUUGAUCAAAAAAAGUCUGCCAACCCCUGCCAUGGGACAUAUUCUUCAAGGUCCCUUUCUUAAAAAUAUGUAUAACAACUCUUAAUAAUUUCUUGGCUCAGUGAUUCCCAAAUUAUGUUUUAUAGAAUAUUAAUAUUCUCUAAGUUAAUAAAUGUUUUGAGAAAAAGAUUGAUGCUAAUAUUAGUUUUUUUAUGGUUGAUUUUAAUAUGUUUAUUUAAAUAUGAGAUUAAGACUGCUAAACUCAUUUCUAUAGCUUUUAUUUUUAUGUGAUAAUCUACCUUUAAGAAAAGGUGUACCAUACCUGAGAGCACCAGGAAGUCGCAUGAGAGAUCACCUGAUACAUGAACGUAUGAUGUUCCAUCUGCGCAUUGAUGAAUAGGCAGCAUUUACAAAUUAACUGAUGUGUUGCUGUAUAUCAUCUCUUUGAUGAUUGCUCCUCUUCUUUGUAUCUUGUCUUAUAAUUUCAACACAUUUGCGAUACUCAAUGUCUAUUCUAAAUUAACCAUGUUUUGUACCACAAACUCACUGCCCAUGGAUCUGUUGCUAAAACAAGGAAGUCUUAAACAAGAAGUGGAAUCUUUCUGUUAUCAGAUUGUAUCUGAAUCAAAUGAUCAGAAGGUUGGAAUAUUACAAAGUGAAGAUAAACAGUUGCAACCUUCAGUUUCUAAGAAAUCAGAAGGUGAGCUUUCCAGGGUCAAAUUUAUAUCCAAUUCCAACAAAAUAACAUUUAGUAAAAAACCAAAACGAAGAAAAUAUGAUGAAAGUUAUUUGUCUUUUGGAUUUACUUACUUCGGAAAUAGAGAUGCACCUCAUGCUCAGUGUGUAUUAUGUAAGAAAAUUUUAUCAAAUAGCUCUUUAGCCCCUAGUAAGCUUCGAAGACAUUUGGAAACUAAACAUGCUGCAUAUAAAGACAAAGACAUAAGCUUUUUCAAGCAACAUCUCGAUUCACCUGAAAAUAAUAAACCCCCAACACCUAAAAUUGUGAAUACAGAUAAUGAAAGUGCUACAGAAGCAUCAUACAAUGUAAGUUACCAUAUAGCGCUGAGUGGAGAGGCUCAUACUAUUGGAGAAUUGCUUAUCAAACCUUGUGCAAAAGAUGUAGUGAUGCGGAUGUUUGAUGAACAAUAUAGUAAAAAAAUAGAUGCAGUACAGCUAUCAAACAGUACUGUUGCACGUCGAAUUAAAGAUCUAGCUGCUGACAUUGAAGAAGAGCUUGUUUGUAGACUGAAAAUUUGUGAUGGGUUUUCACUGCAACUAGAUGAAUCAGCUGAUGUUUCAGGACUUGCUGUACUGCUUGUGUUUGUUCGUUAUAGGUUUAAUAAGUCUAUUGAGGAAGACCUACUCCUGUGUGAAUCUUUGCAAAGUAAUGCUACCGGUGAAGAAAUUUUCAACUGUAUCAACAGUUUUAUGCAGAAACAUGAAAUUGAAUGGGAAAAAUGUGUUGAUGUUUGUAGUGAUGCUUCUAGGGCAGUGGAUGGGAAAAUUGCCGAAGCUGUCACCUUAAUAAAAUAUGUGGCUCCCGAAAGCACCAGUAGUCACUGCCUAUUAUACAGACAUGCACUAGCAGUUAAAAUAAUGCCUACAUCUCUAAAAAAUGUGCUAGACCAGGCAGUACAAAUCAUCAAUUAUAUUAAAGCUCGACCACAUCAAUCCAGACUAUUAAAAAUUUUAUGUGAGGAAAUGGGUGCUCAGCACACAGCACUUCUUCUAAAUACAGAGGUGAGGUGGCUUUCUCGAGGUAAAGUUCUUGUAAGACUUUUUGAACUUCGUCGUGAACUUUUGGUUUUCAUGGAUUCUGCUUUUCGACUAUCUGAUUGUUUAACAAAUUCAUCUUGGCUGCUAAGACUUGCCUAUCUUGCAGAUAUUUUUACUAAAUUAAAUGAAGUUAAUUUGUCAAUGCAAGGAAAAAAUGUGACCGUUUUUACAGUAUUUGAUAAAAUGUCGUCAUUGUUAAGAAAAUUGGAAUUUUGGGCCUCAUCUGUAGAAGAAGAAAACUUUGAUUGUUUUCCUACACUCAGUGAUUUUUUGACUGAAAUUAAUUCUACAGUUGAUAAAGAUAUUUGCAGUGCCAUUGUGCAGCACCUAAGGGGUUUGCGCUCUACUCUGUUAAAAUACUUUCCUGUAACAAAUGACAAUAAUGCUUGGGUUAGAAAUCCAUUUACAGUUACUGUUAAACCAGCUUCAUUAGUAGCACGGGACUAUGAGAGCCUGAUUGAUUUAACAUCUGAUUCUCAAGUGAAGCAAAAUUUUAGUGAACUUUCACUAAAUGAUUUUUGGAGUAGCCUAAUUCAGGAAUACCCAAGCAUUGCAAGGCGUGCAGUGCGUGUACUUCUUCCUUUUGCUACAAUGCACCUGUGUGAAACGGGGUUUUCAUAUUAUGCUGCAACAAAAACAAAAUACAGGAAAAGACUUGAUGCUGCACCUCAUAUGCGAAUCCGACUUAGCAACAUUACACCUAAUAUUAAGCGGAUAUGUGAUAAAAAGACACAAAAACACUGUUCUCAUUAAAAUUGGAGGAGUUUGCAUGUCUCAUGAUAACCAAAUGUAAGAUGAAAAUAAAAGAUGAUUUACUUCA